CGGAAACACUUAGAAUCGACACUCGCCGCUGUCAAGCACGACGACCAGUCCUCAUUUAUCAUUCGCCAACCACUUUUCUCAAGGACCCCCUGUUGUAUUGAACUAUGGCUCGCUUGCACCAAGUUUCAAUAUACUCUUCCAUCCUCAUUUUGAUCUAUCUACUGGUGUUAUUUGAGGCCCUGCCCAUACCAUUCAUUGACGCCAGUGUAGCCCAAGAGAUCCUUCCUGUCAUUCCUUGGUGGCUUCUGGUGUCAUUCGGGUCAUAUUCCCUCUGGAGUCUCGGCUGGGGGGUGUUUACAUUCCGUGACUGUCCUGAAGCCUAUCAUGAGUUGCUGCAGGAAAUAAAUGAAGCUAAAAACGAUCUCAGAAGUCGGGCUGUUACCGUCGACUGAGGCAUCUUCUUUAGUCAUUUUCUACGUCUUUGUUUGAGACUCGCCUCAAAUUACAUACUUAAAUACAGCCCUCCAUCGAGCGUUUACUCAGAGGUACUUUAUGGCACCAUGUGAAUGGUGAGAGUUAC